AGGAUAAUCAUUUGCUGACUAGUAUAAAUUCACCUAGAAUAGUGUGCCACGCUAUCCAAUUUUUCUUCUUUCUUAUUCUCCUUUUGGUCAUUUGCCUAUUGCUUCUUCUUCCUUUUUUUUUUACCAGCACAAAAAAAUUUCAUUGCAUCUUUCUCUUCAUCUCCCUGAAUUUUUUCAUCAUAAAAAAACUCAGAAUCUGGAAAUUUGAUCAUCAAGAAUGUGACUUUUAAGAUAGCUGGUCUAGUGCAUUAUUCGCUGUGCUUUAUCUUACAUGGUGCAAAAAUGCACAAAGAGGCGAAAAGCUCCUAUUUUGAUAUGCCAGCAUUGGAUGUUUCUGUUGCAUUUCCUCAAGCAACUCCAGCGUCCAACUUUCCUCCAUGCACUUCAGACUAUUAUCAGUUAGCUGAUCUGUUGACUCCGGAGGAGCAAGCCGUCAGAAUGAAAGUGAGGGAAUGCAUGGAGAAAGAAGUUGCUCCUAUAAUGGCAAAGUACUGGGAGAAGGCAGAGUUUCCUUUUGAAGUCAUUCCAAAAUUUGCUGCUUUGCACAUUGCUGGUGGCACAAUCAAGGGGUAUGGUUGUCCAGGUUCCUCGAUAACUGGAAGUGCUGUUGCUGCAGCGGAAGUUGCCAGAGUUGAUGCAAGUUGCUCUACAUUCAUUUUGGUGCAUUCAUCAUUAGCAAUGCUCACUAUUGGGCUAUGUGGGUCUGAAAUGCAAAAGCAAAAAUACUUGCCGUCAUUGGCUGAACUUGACACUAUAGCUUGUUGGGGCCUAACUGAGCCUGACUAUGGAAGUGAUGCAAGUGGGUUGGGGACAACUGCCAGAAAGGUUGAAGGUGGUUGGAUCCUUGAAGGGCAAAAGCGUUGGAUAGGAAACAGCACUUUCGCCAAUAUACUGGUUAUUUUUGCUAGAAAUACAUCCACAAACCAGAUAAACGGUUUCAUAGUAAAGAAGGAUGCUCCAGGAUUGCAAGCUACUAAAAUGGAAAACAAAAUUGGACUACGGAUUGUUCAAAAUGGAGACAUUCUCUUGAAGAAAGUUUUUGUCCCUGAUGAGGAUAGACUACCUGGGGUCAAUUCUUUCCAGGAUACAAACAAGGUGCUCGCUGUAUCACGUGUCAUGGUUGCGUGGCAGCCUAUUGGCAUUGCAAUGGGUGUUUAUGAUAUGUGUCACAGGUACUUGAAGGAGAGGAAGCAGUUUGGAGCACCAUUGGCCGCUUUCCAGAUCAACCAACAGAAAUUGGUCCAAAUGUUGAGCAACAUUCAAGCAAUGAUUCUUGUUGGUUGGCGGCUUUGCAAACUGUAUGAGAGUGGUAAAAUGACUCCUGGUCAUGCAAGCUUAGGGAAAUCAUGGAAUACCUUGAGGGCGAGAGAGACAGUUGCUCUCGGACGAGAAUUACUAGGUGGCAAUGGAAUCUUGUCCGACUUUCAUGUCGCAAAGGCAUUUUGCGAUUUGGAGCCCAUCUAUACAUUUGAAGGUACUUAUGACAUCAACACGUUGGUAACGGGUAGAGAAAUCACUGGUUUGGCCAGUUUCAAGCCUGCACCAUCAAGGCAAAAGAGUCGUCUGUGACAAAUUUUCCUCUUCUCGAGGAAGCAAGUGUUCUGCUGGAUUAAAUUCUUGUUUUGGCAAUUGCAACUCUAGAAUAGUUUUAUACAAAGAAAGAAUUGAUUAUGUCCCCUUUUUUAAAUACUAAUAAUAGUGAAGUUAGAAUACACCUAUUGUAAUAAUAGCAACAUAUUAUUAAGUUUGAAUACCACCUGUUGAAACAAUAA